GGCUCUGCUGGCGUUCCAGUGCCCCGUGGCGCCGUGCCCGUACGCGGUGAAGAUGGCAGGCAGCAGCACGGGCACCGAGCUGGUCUUCCUGUCCGACGACCAGUGCCAGCGCGUGAUCGGCGAUAAUAACCGCAAGACGCUGGACAUCAUUUACGACUGCCUCGGGCUGGGCAAGAGCAACGGGCUGAGCCUCUGGCACUUCUUGAUCUUCGGGACCUGCCUGGGGCAGCGCGUCGCCUGCACGCGGUGGCAGGGCCACCUGCAGCGGCACCUGCGGCACGAGAAGCAGCGGCUGGAGACCCACAAGCGGCUCUACGUGGAGAGG